CUAGGUAAAUAUUGAUGGUACGGUUUUACGUCCAUGGUAGGCUGUGACAGGAGGUCUGAAUGGGCACAGGAAAGAGGAUUAUUAGUAAUUCGUUGUGUAGACCGCAUUCCUAUCGGACCUGAUGAUUGUUUUAGCUAUUUUAUCCGCGUUUCUGGCCGUAUCUGUUAACGCGGAACUGUUUCAUUUUGACAGCAUCUCUAAUGUGUCAACCUAUUACUUCAACUACCUCUACUGCCAUGUUUGGGAAGGGGAGUGUCAGCCGAACCAGGACGAUGCGACCCAACAAGUGCCUACAGGGAGCGUGUGGUCGUGGCUUUCUCAGGAUUAUAAGGGAAUGGUGACCAACUGGUACUGCAGAAUUGGACAAUGCUGUGAUUCAGGAGACUGCAGAAUUACUAACAACAUCACAGGUCUAGCACAAGAUCUACAGCUAAAACUUCAUGGGCAGCACCUGGCUCAGUCGGUGGUCCUGAGGGCCAUUCAAGGCUUCAUUAAUAACCCCGAGUCCAACAAGCCCCUGACUCUGUCCUUCCAUGGUUGGUCAGGCACAGGCAAAAACUUUGUGGCCCGGUUGGUGGCAGACAACCUGUAUCGUGAUGGAGUGAAGAGUGAGUGUGUGCGUUUGUUCAUUGCCCCAUUCCACUUCCCUCAUGCAAGACUGGUGGAUGUGUACAAGGGCCAGCUGAGGGAGGCUAUUAGAGACAUGGUCCUCCGUUGCCCCCAGACCCUCUUCAUUUUUGAUGAGGCUGAGAAAUUGCACCCUGGUCUUAUUGAUGCCAUUAAGCCCUAUAUGGACCACUAUGACAAUGUGGAUGGAGUUAGCUACAGAAGGGCCAUAUUCCUGUUCCUCAGUAAUAUUGGUGGUGCAGUUAUUAAUGACGUAGCGCUGGAUUUUUGGCAUUCGGGGCAGAACCGGGAGGAUAUUGGAAUGGAAGAUCUGGAACAUCGACUGCGAGCAGAAUCUAUGGAAGCUGAAGGAGGUUUUGCCCAGAGUGAGCUCAUGUCAGGGCACCUGAUUGACUUCUUUGUGCCAUUCUUGCCUCUUGAAUAUCGUCAUGUUAAACUGUGUGCUCGGGAUGCCUUUGUUAUCCGUGGCGUGGAGCCUAACGAGGCAACUUUAGAUGAGGUGGCUAAAGCCAUGCUGUAUGUACCCAAAGAAGAGAAACUCUUUUCUGCACAGGGUUGCAAAUCCAUCCCACAACGAAUCAACUUCUUUUUACAUUAAUAGAAUAAUACAAUUUCCCUAAGCUCACAACAUGUUAUGGCAUACAUAACAGCAAAGCUAAAAUGAGACUGUUACCAGUUUUUUACAUGCCACUUCAUAGUCUGUAUAGGUGUCCUAUACCGAAGACAUCCUUUCCUUCCUACAUUCAGAAGACAUGCAGGCAGGUGGAUUGGCUAUGCUAAAUUGCUUAUAGAUAAGUACUACUGGUGUCUCAUGCAUACCAUAUCUGCCCCCCC